AUGAAAAAGGCAGGCAAGGCCCUCAAGGUCCUUUUCCCGAGAAUGUUACAUUUGACUUGUACAGCGCACGCGGUGCAUCGAGUAGCCGAAGAAAUCCGGCUCGUCUUCCCCGAUGUUGACGAACUCGUCGCGCACGGCAAGAAGGUUUUCCUUAAAUCCGCUUCCAGAGUCACGAAAUUCCGAGAGAUGGUUCCCAACGUACCCCUGCCACCACAGCCCGUCCUCACAAGGUGGGGCACGUGGGUCAAUGCUGCGAUAUAUUACGCCCAGCAUUUCGAAGCGGUCGCCUCAGUGGUUAAUGCCCUGGACCCGACGGAGGCCGCAAGCAUCGCAGUGAUGCAGGAGUUG